AAGAAGAACAACACAAAGGAUUACAAAGUAAAUAAGCAUUGAUUUUAACUGGAUCAUAUACUUAACAGAAACUCGUCCUGCCAAAUCCUCACUCACUGUGUAGACGCCAACAACGGGACACUCUUUUAAUCAGGAAAACUCGUGGAUUUACUGUCAUGGCUGAGGUAAAGAUUCGUCGCUACCAUGAAGAUGAUGAUGAGGAUGUAAAGGAGAUUUUUACCCUGGGAAUGAGCGAGCAUAUCCCAUCCGCCUGCAUGCACGUCCUUAAACAGCCCUUAGCUCAGAUGUUUCUGGGAUGUGUUUUUUUAGCAUUACUGACCAGCGCAGAGUCCAUUCUUUUGCCUGUGUUAGCAGUCACCCUCAUUUUGGCUGCAGGCAGGCAGGGUAUAAACUACAUGUUCACACAGUACAUUCAGGUCUCGCUCAAAAGAGAUCUCAAUCAGAUACGACGGACCUACCUGGAGUCACCUGACUCCUGCUUCUGGGUAGCUGAGUUCCAAGGUCGUGUUGUGGGUAUAGUAGGAUGCCUACCUGCGGAGAAUGUCAGGAACGUCGGGAAGUUCUUGGAACUGAAAAGGAUGUCUGUUCGAAAGUCUCACCGGGGGCAGGGGAUUGCCAAAGCACUGUGCCGUAAAGUGGCAGAAUUUGCUCGUGAAUGUGGUUGUCGAGGAGUGUUGCUUUAUACUUCGGUGGUCCAGACAGAUGCACAGAAGCUCUAUGAGCAUUUGGGCUUCCAAAAAGUCAGAGAAUUUGAUGCGCCAGAGGCAAUUGCCAAGAUAACUAAUUUCACAUUGAUGGAGUACUGGCUUGACCUAAAACAGCAAGGUUACUGAAGUUAAGUCUUCACCAAGAUCGCAAUUUUCCAUGAUACAGGCAGUUUGUUUAAAACAGUAAUAUUGUAGGUCACUGAUGAGUACCUACCUCUGUCUACCUCUUUAAAAAAACAUCAGUCUUGGAAAUAAGAAAAAUAAAAUCAACAUUCUUAUGAGUAAAAAUAAAAUGUCCCAAUCUUGUUUAAGCACAACUUGAAGGAAAUUAAAAUGUUUAUCAUGCCAUUGCUUUUGUUAACUAUAAAGUUUUCAUUUGAGGGACAUGGACUUAGUCGGCUAAGAUUUAUUUAUAUUAUUCAUUAAUACAUAGCUUGUCCUCUUUCAUGGUUCAGUAAAUGUGAAAAACAAUGCAGUUUCCUGGAAAGUAUUUGGUAAAUGAGAGAUGUCUUGAAAAUAUCGAAAGGUGUUUCAACAUUAACUGUAUAUUAUGUGUAUUUUCCUCUGUGUAGCAUUACAGCAAAAACGUUUUUAUGGUCUGGAAAAGUCUUUACUAGCCAGUAUUGUCUGGCUUCAUUGAUUACAACAAAAGCUCCUAGGAAAAUAAAAUGUGUCGUCUCUGUAUCUACAACAUAUACUUAUUCCUCCAGUCCUAUGUAUUUCAACUUUCUCUUUAUGGAAAAGCUAAAUAAUCUGUUUUUAAUUUAUGGAAAAGAAUGAAAAAGUGUGAUUUUAACAUUGAAUGGACCAUUAGCAUGCAAUGCAACAUGCUUGUGAUUGUUUUAAUAACAAAAAUGCAGUUUGCCAAUAAAAUAAAUCAAUAAAGAAUUUUUAUAUCAACUUUA